CUUCAAUGCAAGAAUUUUUAUUUUUUAAAUAAAAUGAGUCUAACCACGAAACAAUAAUGAAAAUUGUCAUAGGUAAACUGUCAAAGAUUAUAGUCGCGUUCAACAACGAUAAAAGAGUUUCGGUAAAAUUAAAAUAAAAAUACUAUGUAAAGGUUGCUCCAUAAAGGCUUUUAGCCAUACGAUGCAAAUCUUCUACAUCCCUAUGCACUUAACGGUUAAUUCCAAGAUAUUACUUUAACGACCCUUAGGACCUUGACGUCUAAGCUGAUAUUGAUAGCGAGUGUGCCUCCUCGAAUUCUGAAAGUGCGAAAUAGAAAAUUAUAGAGAAUAAGAAAAUACAUACCAUAGCGAAGAGCUUUUUUCAUACUUGGUCUGUGCAGGUAUCAAGUUCAAACAUCAUUUCAAUUUCCAAUAAUUUAGCAAUAGACAAUUCGUUAUAUAUAUAUGUAUAUAAAUUGACAUAUAUAUCUAUAUUUAUAUAUGCAUGUCUACAUGCAUGCAUGCAUAAAUUCCUUUUCAGCAAACAAUAUAAACACUUGAAUAUAUCCUCACCUAUGCAUAAUGAAUAUGAAAUAAAGUCACAACUAAAAUUAUCGCAACGAAUUAUUCGCUUGCACACGAAACUUGUUUCCUUUUCAUUCUUUUUUUUUUAUUCUUUUUGUUCUAUGAAAUGAAAAUGAAAAUAUUGUUCAAAUACCUGACAAAAUAGAAAAAAACUGCAUCUGCCUGCGUUAGGUUGGAAUAAAGCUUCUGACACUAAUAACAAUUUUGAGCUGUAAGGCAGUGUUCUUUAUGAAAAGUCUCAACGUUUCAUCCUAAUUCCUGUGACCGUAAACAUCCGAACAGAAGGCGAUAAAUAGAAAACAGACUGACGGAUAUAGAGUCAAAUGAACCGAGUUACAUCGAUUAAGAUUGUGAUGCUCAUCAAGUAUGCCGUGCAUUUAGUCUGAUAUCUGAUGUCAGAUAAAUGAGAAUGGGUACGUAAUUCUCGAAGAUUUCCUUGCACCUGAAGAGAUUGAUAUCUUAUAUAAAGCUGGGCGUACAUUGUGCAUGGAUGCGCCACAAAUUAAUCGUAAAAUCUUCAGUUCUGUUAAUAGUGAAAAUUCUCAAAGUAAAGAUACGUAUUUUUUGAACUCUGGUGAUCGAGUUUCAUAUUUUUUUGAAGAGGGGGCUGUAGGUGAAAAUGGCGAAUUGUUAGUCGAUCCUAUAGUAUCGUUAAAUAAAGUUGGCCACGCUUUACAUGUUGAACAUCCCGAUUUUAAAAAGAUAACAUUUAGUAAUCGCAUACGGGAAAUUUGUUGGCAACUUGGCUUUAAUAAACCAGCGGUUUGUCAAAGCAUGUAUAUUUAUAAAAAUCCUGGUAUUGGUGGUGAAAUUAUUUCGCAUCAGGACUCUUGGUAUUUACAUACCGAACCGAAUAGCGCUAUCGGUUUUUGGAUAGCUCUAGAGGAUGCCACUUUACAAAAUGGUUGCUUACAAUUUAUAAAAGGUUCUCACAAAAGUGGAGUUCAUCGCCGAUAUAUACGAAACCCGGAUAGAGAGUCAAAAGAAUUAGUGAUUUAUGAUAGAGCUGCACCCAUAUAUCCACAAUCGACUUUCACACCAGUGCCCGUUACUAAAGGUACCUGUAUUAUCAUAGAUGGCAAUGUAGUGCACAAAAGUGAACCGAAUCGUUCGAAUAAGAGUCGCCAUGCCUACACUUUCCAUGUUAUAGAGACUGAAAAUAAUGUUAAAUAUGCGGAAGAUAAUUGGUUGCAGCCGCCAGCAGAUAAACCGUUUCCAAUUCUAUUUGAGAGGAAAUAAACGAAAACCGAAUAAGAAUUAUUUGUGUAUUGUAUUUUCAUUAAAGUAUGUUUAGAUGUAUACAAUUUUUACGUUUUCUAUGAAUUGUAUCAAGGACUU